AUGAAAAUUAUAUUUUUGCACAAUAGCUCUCAACAGUCGAACAGUUUUGACCUUGUCAGUGAAAAAGUAAAUAUUUUGUUUGGGAUGAGGCCACAUCGACAUAAGAGAUGCAGAACAUCAAUAUUUUAUAAAAACACUAGACGUCUCAGCCCUCAAAAGAUUUUGAUUCUCAUGGAACAAGUGGCAAUGGUCAUAAAUUAA